AUGAGUGCUGCAUCCUCAGUACAACAGCCGCGACACCGGCGCGGCUCCAACUCUGCCUCGAUGAGCAACUCUUCAGAUUCGGCAUCGCUCCGAUCAGCGGCAGCCUCCUGGCAAGCCUCUGUCAGGUCAGGGACGUCGAAGACGUCAAAGGAGAAGAGUGGAGGACUAUGGUCUCGUCGAGGGUCUGUAGCGCCAAAAAGCCUGCGCUCGACCCGCUCCAGAGGCUCGACGCGCUCGGGCCAGCGUGAAGGGUCCAUCACCUCUGGCUCUGAGCAAGCCUUUGAGAUGACGGCUGUUCCCUUAGGUGGCCGAGGCAAGAAGAAGGUCGUCAUCGAAAACGAAGCCGCCCGCCAAAGUCGCGCUAAGGCAGACGCCGCAAUGGCAAAGUGGAGAAAAUGGAUCGUGGAGGAGCAGCCUCGCGCCGAGUUCGACAACCCACUGCAACCAUCACGGUCGAUGUCAAUCACUCUGGGAGCGAAUGCAGGACCCUCAUCCGAAUACUCGCCGUUGCGUUCCAUGACCCCUAACGCACCGCCCAGCGCCCUGCCAGCGCACCUUGUCAGCUCCCCACCAGGCUCGUCUCGCCAAAAUUGGGCUGACACGGUUGGAACGGUCUCAUCAGUGAACUCCUACGCAUCUGCAAGUUCGUCACGAAACGUUCCAUCAACACCGAGCCAACUGCAGCACCUGCCAGGCGUCCAGGACAUCUACACCACCGAGUCUGUUCGACAACUCCGAGACGUCGAACUGGCCAUCGAUCCUGCGUUUUACGGUCAAGGAACCGUGAACGGACGCCGAUUGUCGACUCACCCAAGAAUGUCCGAGAGGGAGAACCCUUUCCAUUCGAUCCAUGCCUUGAUCUCGCGCCGAGGAAUUCGACCCUUCGUGUUGGAGCUCGUCCAAGCUCUCGGAGCAUUCAUCGACGCCGUGUGGUCCGUUUGUCAUCCCGGAAAAGCAUGUCCAUGGGCCGGCGUUCCGACCAUUUCGCGACGCCCAUCUUUCGCCGGAGCGCUGCAGCAGUCAAAGACGUGGUGCAGCUGGACGCUGGCUGCCGUGCAGGAGGGGAAGCGUCAGGGAUUCCUCAACAGCCCACCGACAGAAAAGGAUGUGACAUUCUGGAACCGCGAGGUUCGGUAUGGUCUGCGAGACAUCGACGAAGCUGUCAAUCGACGCAAGGAUCUCGGGUGGGCUUUUGGGAAAACGGUCAUCGAAGGGCAAUACGGCGACAUCACCGCUUCCAACGUUUUCGCGCAUGAUGGCGUAUCGGCAGGCAACAUUGCGAGACUUCUGAACGACCUCGAGGAGGUGUUAUGGGGUGACGCGAUCCCGGCGCCAUCGGACCUUGCGUAUGAGCACGACCCCGACUUUGAUCCCUUCUCCGUAUAUCGGGAGGGCGACGAGCUUAUUGGUGUGGAAGUCCCACGCCAGCCCGAAUUGCGCGAAGCAGAGUUACGAAGAGUCUUUGGAGACUUCCUGCCGACACAGGCCAUACCGCCAACGUCCCCAGUGUCUCCGGUGCCUCCGGGAACGCGAAAGAGCUCGGGGUCCGCUGGUCGCCCAAGCAUUCCGUCGUCGCCAGUGCAAGAAGCUGGUCCUUCGAGACAGGCACAAGGUUCCCUGUCCGGUCCUAGCGGCGACGGCAUGCCAGACCUAGACAUGUCGGCUCUCGGUGCACUGCAAGACUUGUCGCUCGAGGAGAAGCUGCAGCUCGGCAGGAAGCGGCACCAGGAGUAUCUGGAGCGAGUGCGCGCCGAGACAGAGGGCGCUAAGGGGGCGUUGGCGUAG